CCUAUUGGUUGCGGCGCCGGGCGCCACCAUGUUGGAGGGCUCGCGGGGCUGUUGGCAUUGGCAGCGCCGGCCGGGGAUGGCGCGCGGGCGCCGGCCGGGGGGUACCGGAAGAUACUUCAGUGAUGAUAGACCCACAAGAGUGAAAAUUAUGAAUGAAAAGCAUUAACAUCCCCCUCCUGACCCUGAUCUCUAAUAGACUUCCUGUAGCCCUUGGAAGAGAGGGUCAGGAGAGAAGGGUUGAAGGUCACCAUGAAGCUAAAGCAGCGAGUGGUACUGCUGGCCAUCCUCCUUGUCAUCUUCAUUUUCACAAAAGUUUUCCUCAUUGACAACUUGGACACUUCAGCUGCCAACCGGGAGGACCAGCGGGCCUUUCACCGCGUGAUGGCAAGCUUGCGUGUGGAGCUAGACCCCCGACUUGAUCAUACACUGCAGUCCCCCUGGGAGAUUGCCGCCCAGUGGGUGGUACCACGGGAAGUGUAUCCCGAGGAGACGCCGGAGCUAGGGGCUGUUAUGCAUGCCAUGGCUACCAAGAAAAUUAUAAAAGCUGAUGUGGGCUACAAAGGGACCCAGCUGAAAGCUUUGCUGAUACUUGAAGGGGGACAGAAAGUGGUCUUCAAACCUAAGAGAUAUGCCAGAGACUACGUAGUAGAAGGAGAGCCAUAUGCUGGAUAUGACAGACACAAUGCGGAGGUGGCAGCCUUUCACUUGGACAGAAUUCUGGGUUUCCGGCGAGCUCCACUGGUGAUUGGCAGGUUUGUGAAUCUGCGUACAGAGAUCAAACCCGUUGCAACAGAGCAGCUGCUGAGUACAUUCCUGAUGCUGGGUAAUAGUACCUGUUUCUAUGGGAAGUGCUACUAUUGUCGAGAAACAGAACCAGCUUGUGCUGAUGGAGAUACCAUGGAGGGGUCAGUCACGCUAUGGCUGCCUGAUGUCUGGCCUCUUCAGAAGCACCGGCAUCCUUGGGGAAGGACUUACCGUGAAGGCAAAUUGGCCAGGUGGGAGUAUGACGAGAGCUACUGCGAUGCUGUGAAGAAGACCUCACCUUAUGACUCAGGCCCCCGCCUCCUUGAUAUCAUUGACACCGCCGUCUUUGAUUAUUUGAUUGGGAAUGCUGACCGACAUCAUUAUGAAAGCUUCCAGGACGAUGAAGGAGCCAGUAUGCUCAUCCUCCUGGACAAUGCCAAAAGUUUUGGAAACCCCUCCCUGGAUGAGAGAAGCAUCCUAGCUCCUCUUUAUCAGUGCUGCAUCAUCCGGGUUUCCACCUGGAACAGACUGAACUACCUGAAGAAUGGAGUGCUGAAGUCUGCCUUAAAGACUGCCAUGUCUCAUGACCCCAUCUCACCAGUGCUCUCCGACCCUCACUUGGAUGCCAUGGACCAGCGGCUCCUGAGCAUCCUGGCUACAGUGAAACAGUGCACAGACCAGUUUGGUCCAGACAUUGUGCUGGUGGAAGACAGGAUGACACUCUCCCAUUUGUAACUUUCAUGGAAAACAGAUGGAAACUCCUUUUUUUAAAAACAAAUGAUAGAAAAACAGCACAAUUGGUUCUGAAUGGCUAUGCCCAGGAUGGACUGGAAAUGAAUGGAAAAGCUCCUGAGCCAGGGAAAAAAGUGGUGGUGGUCUUUAUCUUUGGCUGACAGUAGCUAGAGAAGGUGGAGAGUUUGGGAGCCCGUGGACAGUCCUGUAGCCACAGUGGCAGCUUCGCCGUCGUGGUGUGUCCAUUGUUGGCAGUGGACGUUGCACUGGGAAAACACAACUGCUGGUGUUAAUGAAAAAGAGAGUGGAAUUCAAACAGUAAUACGUGGGCUGGUUCUAGAGGGGACAGUGGAGAUGGAACACUACGGUCCCCUCCCCAUUCUCUUUCCACAGCCACCCACUCUUAAUAUGCUCUUAUGAGGUUUUAGUCCAAUUCAGGGUUGUAUAUAAUCAGCUGUGAGCUGGUUAGGCAUUUUACUGCCUCUUUAAAAAAAGAGGAAGUGGUAAAUAAAUAAAUAAAUAGUGCCCCUUAGUGCCCCCUACUGGGGUAGAAUGUUCUUGCAAACACCAAUAGGGGUGGGAGAUGGUGUGUCUGCUGCUCAGCUAUCUUCUCGUUAAUAAGAUGCUGGAAAGUGGGAUCUGCUUCAGUGAUCAAAUGUGAUGAUGCUUCAAUGUUAAGUGCUAGUGAAAAUCCAUCCAUGCAAUUGGAAGGUGAGGAGAUGGCAAGCUUUUUUUUACAUCAGUAAGAUCCAUCCAAUGGCUGAUGAUUAAUAUCUGUUCCCCAAGAAAUUACUACAUGGACCAGCACUACUUUAUGUACA